AUGACGAUUGAACUUAUGGUCCUGGGCCCUUCCAUACUUGGCCAAAUUCUCGACUUCGUCCUCUUCGACCAGACCGAAUUGGACUCAUCAAACUUCAAUCAGCCGUUACUGUCCAAGAAAAUCGCGAAUGUCCUCGAGGAUUCAGACUCGGCCGUCCCGACGAUGCGUCAUCUGCCAAACGGGAUCGCUCUGGCAAAUCGUCGUUUGGCGUGUCUGGCUCUGGGGUGCACCGUGAGGAAGCAGCGUGAGAUGGAGGAUUUGCGUGCACAAGAAGCGUGGCAGCGCUCAGGAGAUCUGCUCAAACGCUACAGGCGAGCACUUGAGGAGAUAUUCCUUAUGGCGACAGACUCUCCAUUCGGCAUACUCAUUGAAGAACGUGAAGAAUUCACCGAAGUUUUCUACAAUUCGGCCGAGCUGCAGUCGGCUUAUCAUCUGCGCUUCCGAGGAAAAGUUUUAUCGGAAAUGCUGGAAGGCAUAUUCCACUAUUUGUCACCAUUAGUCGCGUCUUGGACUCAGUUGGACGACACUAACGAGGAGCUUCAGCUCUACUUCAAUACCGGCAAGAUGGGCUGUUGUUCGGGGAUACAAACAGUUCUGUUUAAUGAUGGACCCGAGAGGCAAUGUGAUGAGUUGAAUAUUCCUUCCUAUUCGAUGACGACUCCUAGUCUCGACAACCGAACGAGAAUCACUAGCGUCUCUAUAGACCAUGGUGCUCUCGGACUGGUCAAUGAGGAGCGCUUGAAGUCUCGGUUAGCCCCGUCAUUUGGAUUGCUAACUCAGGGCCGACUACCCCAUGUAGUCUGUGCAACCGUCGUAGCCGGCGCGGUAGCAUAUGCUGCUCGGGAGUUGUACAAUUUGCGACAACAAGCGUCGACUCUGAGGAAGCAGUUGCAAGAGGCUCACAAUAAGCUCGGGGAAAAGGAGUCAGAACUGCACCAAAAGACGGAGGAAUUGCAGCUCCUCCAUAAGAAGUGGCAAGGCGCAGCUCGUAUGCUGCUCAGUCGCGCCGUGGUGGCCAACGAAAUGCAGGAAACCAAAACAAGUUCACUGUCGGGUACUGAGAGCACCUCUCAUCCACGAGGUGUAGCGAGUCGACUGGUCACCGCUGCAACGGGUUCAGGAGCGACCAAAGUCGCUGCCGCAGCGGCUAUGAUGUGGUUGCUCCGACUGAGGGUUUCUGCUGGAGGCUCACUACAGCUUCGCGGAGUUUCCACAUUUUUGUAG